AUGAAGCUUACUACAAUUUAUUCCUUAGCCUUCGGUUUAUUAUCGGCUCAAACACUUGCUGCUCCUGCUAAAGAUAACGAAAAGCGUGAUGAUGAUAAGGUUGUGAUUCACCUUACAUCUACUGUGCAGAAUACCCAGACCAAUACUCACAUUGUUGAAGGUACCAUGUCUACACAAACGAAUAUGAUUGUGAAUACUGCUACCGAAACCUAUACCCGCUACACUGCUACAGUUACUUCAACUGUGUUCGGUACGCCGCACACAUACACCACGGUCGCCAACACGCCUAUUCAGAACAAGGAAGUUGCUCCAAACACCAGUGAACCUCAAGAUAGCGGUACCACCGAGACUGCUGCUCCAGAAAAUAACGAUGCCACCGAGACUGCAGCUCCAGAAAAUACCGAUGCUACUCAAACUACCUCCACAGAAAUAGUCACCGACUCCCCAAGCUCAUCUGCGGAUGUAAAUGCGCCAGCAAUCACUCCUCAAAGUGCUACAUCGUCCGAUUCAUGGAUAAUAGAAAAUGUUUCCACCGUGACAUCUAACAGUGUUUGUGUGGUAAACUACGACUACUAUUAUGCCGAAGAAGAAGAUGACUCCGAGACCGUUACGUCGACGUCGACCAUAUAUACCACGGUUACCCAAAACUGA